AUGCCUACUCCGUUCUCCGGUCUGUCAGGCUUCCCUGCCGGCCCGAGAACACCAGAGCCUACCGCUUCGUCCUUCCCUCCAGACGUCAUCGACGCGCAGCCACCUUCUCCGCCGCGCCCACGGUUGCGUCUGAAACGUCGUGCAGUCCCUCACCUUUCCGCGCCCACCCAAAAUUUCUUGGCUUCCGUCGCAGCAGCCGACGUGCCUAUCCCGAGUAUCGAGAUCCCCGACCAAGACGACCAUGAUCUUCCCAGCAUUAUGCAACCUCAGCGGCAGCCGCAACAACAACAGCGCACCCCGGGCCUGUUUCCGACUGACAGCAUAGAUAGCAAUUUGCUCAGCGUUUGUGGCCACAGCACAUUCUCUCCUCCUAAGACACCGGCACCAAGCGCCGUGCCGUCAGCAUCACCGUCGCGCUAUCCUAAUUGGCGCAUGGGUUCUGUCUUCAGCAGCUCUACCGAAUCCAGCCCCGACCCCGAAUGCGAAUCUUCUAGCCGGCCAUCAACGGCACGCUCUACUCAAACGAGCUCGUCAUCAUUGUUUAGCCGGUUCUCUCAACUGUCUGACGAUGAGCAUUGUAUUAGCCCGGAGGAAGAGACCUCUAGCACGUCCAAAGUCAGUCUCGGUGACCACAUGAACGAGCUUCGCCGGAACUCUGCUUCCGGGGGCACAUUCAGCAAUUAUACGGAUUAUAGCAACGACGACAGUACGGCUGCCGGCCAAAAGCGCCAUGCGAGAAAAGCUGCCUGGACCAACGCCAUGAGCUCGCAUCUUUGGGCAACCUACAUCCUGUACCUGCAGGAUCCCAAGGUCACACCAUUCCGGAUUGGCAAGAGCUGUAUUCCGCCUCAUGGCGUUCUUGUGCGUGUAGCCCGUGAAGCGAAGAGGAGUUGGAAAGGCGCGAAAGCCCUUGCCAAGAUGUCUGCCAGCAGCGCCAACUCUACGAGAAACUCUGCCGCUGCAUCCCUGACCGUACCUGCAUCUGUUCCUGCAGCUACACGAACUAGCGACAGCAGCGCACAGCCUGACGGCUCUACUAGCAAGAGUGGAAGCAGCACGCCCACCGCCACUGAAAGCAAGGCAAGCGGCACCUUUAUGGAGUGGCCGUUUACCAACGCCGCCACCCGCUCCCACCUGCGUGAGCUCUGCCGGAAAAAGGCAGCUACGCCUGGCGGUGGCGCUCGUGGCUUGCAGUACAUGUCCCGCAGCCCGACCCCUCUCACGCAAAGUGCCGCUACCCGUCAUCGUGAUAUGCGUGUGACACCUGGCCUUUCUGGGUCCUCCACAUUUGCAACCCAUGACAUGAUCAAGUCACUCGCCCUCAGCGCCUCGGAGACGAUGCUGCCGCACGGUCCUCUGGCUCAGCUGACACGCUCUGGCUCUGGUCCAUCUACCGGUCUUAAUACAGCCCCACCAUUAAGCCUUGACGGCACUCUGGCAUCUUCGACUGGCACCGCCGACUUUGCUUCUGUUGCACUUGCACCUGCUACUCAUUCUCCGGACUUUUCCGGCCGCCUCGCUUCUGCGAUCGAGACCGAGGAGCCGUCAUUUGCUGAGCGCCGCCGCCUUGGCUCCCCCUUCACGGCACGGAGCUAUGGACCGAGCUCAUCCAGCUCUCUUGCUGCCGUACUCGGCCUUUCUACUUCAAACUCUCGUCAGCCGCACACGGUUGGUCCGCGCCGCUCUUUGCAGUCGCCGGUUCGCCUUAGUCGUUCUGGCACUCAAAAGCGCCGCACCAAGCAUCUCAGCCAAGACCUUAGAAGGCGUCCUGGCCUGGCCUCCGAUAUCUUCACAGAGCCGUCUGCAGACCUCGCAGCUGGUUUGCCCGGAAUUGAGUGCCGCCAUGAUGGGUUCAACUCGUCGGGCGCAACGCACAACGAAAAGCUUUUCAUCCCAAGAACGGGGACUGUGCCGGCCCUGACGUCCUCUUCUUCAGCACCUCAGCUCGCUACAACGUCCUCAAAUUCCCAAUCACUCGACGAGUUUGCUUCGGCGUCGCAGCCGCAGCAACAGCAAGCAUCUCCGCCCUUGGUUCGGAGGCCCGAUAUGGCUGGCCUUCUUGACGCCGCGCCACUGCAACCCCUGGCACGGCUGGGGUCGCCGUUCUCGUCGCUGCCUGGAAACAAUACAAGCUUUAGCUUUCCCAACCGCUUCUCGCAACCUACCGAUCUCGAUAUAUCGACUGUGGGCCGGCCGUUUGCGACCGUGCAGCGUUCCCAGACGAAGCCUGUCCCUGCUCGCACUAACUUGGCUUCUCGACUGGCAUACAUUGACCAGCGCCUACGUGAGCUGAACAACCGGAACGACAACCAGCAUCGCCAGCCGGAUUCGCCUUCCUAA